AUGUGUGUGGACACUAAACAUGAGAGUCUGACCCCUGGUGACCCUCGCGACCUAUUGGACGCUUUGCUGGAGGGGCGGGGCUCCGACAGAGACGUUGGCCUAUCAGACGACCACGUGCUGACACACGUUAUCGGCGGCCAUCCUGUUGCCAAGGGAACUCGAGUGCUGGUGAACAUGUGGGCCAUCCACCAUGACCCUCAGCAGUGGGAACAACCAGACACGUUCAGACCAGACCGUUUCCUUGACGACUCGGGCCAGAGGGUGGUUCCGCCCUCUUUCCUGCCCUUUGGGGCGGGGCCUCGGGUCUGCGUCGGCGAAUCGCUGGCCAGGAUGGAGCUCUUCCUGUUCAUGUCUCGCCUCCUGCAGCGCUGUCAGCUCAGUGCGCCGCGCGGGGCCUCCCUGCCUGACCUGCAGGGGCGAUACGGGGUCGUGCUACAGCCACCAAAGUACACAGUCACCAUCAAGGCCCGAAACUGA